AUGGCUUCCCUGUUUUUCGAUGGACUGUAUAAAGGACGUUACGUGGAGCUCACCGCUGGUGGGACCAAGGCUCGCAGAGAGUUGGGAUUUUGCGAUGGUGUGGUCUUGUCUGGAACACAUAUAAGGCCCGGCGAAUUGGUCGCAGUCGAAAUUUUGGAAACACAACCAGGAUGGAGUGGGGAUCUGCGGAUCGGUUUUACUCUUCUACCCGACGAAGCACUUUCUCCCCUUCCGAGAAACCGCGAAUAUUUCGGUUGCGUAGUUACACGUGGUCAAAGCUGGAUCUUUCCAGUGGGUAAUGCCGCCACUCUGUUGACCUCACAUCGCCGUCGUGCACUUUGGCGUAGACAACAGCAACAGCAACAACGCCGAUUUACUCGGACAGCAGAUUCACUCGUACCAAGUGUUUAUGCUGAAUGGUAUCCCCUCGGUCGCUCGGAAACCCUUACCCUAUGUGUUCGAUCGGAUGAUGAUGCACAUCCAGUACGGCGACUUCAUCUGAACCCCGCUUCUCCAUGUACAUGUUGUUUGUACACCACGUUUGGUCGGGUAGCGCUCCGCCGGUUGCUGCCCACUGACGGAGUUUUUCUGCGUCCACCUGAUGUUGAGAAGGGAAGCAUUGUGGCGAUUUAUUACGAACUGGAAGCCUGUUUACCAACAUCGAAUCCGUCCUCCUUUGGGUGGACUGACUAUUUUCAAUGGUCUCCCAAUCCGGUAUUUGACGAGGAGGAGAUAGGACAGCCACCUAACACGACGGUUGCUACCCAUGUACAACACGAACCUCCGGAAACAGCGACAACCGUCCGUGGAGAAUCACAACAAACCUCCCCAAGUACAUCAUCUUCUCAGGAUCUUGAUUCUAGACGAUCAGAACCCAUGUAUUUUCAGCUUGUGUUUCACAUGGUUAUCAAUGGAUUUGACCUGGUAACGGUUUCAGAAAAAAUCGCUCUUCGUCGGGACCAGCUAAUAUCUUUGCCAACACAGUCUUGCCGGUCUUCAUCCUCACUCAACCCGUGUCCGUUAUCCGAGGCAGCGGUGGAACAGCGUUUAUUUACUCCGAAAAUGCGUGCUGUUUUAGACGUCUACGGCCAAACAAAAGCGGUUAGGUUAGUCCCGUUAAAUCAGGAACCAGUACCGCGAUUGAGUCGUCUAUCUUCUUGUGCCAUUCUACGUCAAAUCGUCCGUAUUCAUGCACCCAAAUUGCCGCUGGACAGCCCCAUGUCUGCCGACCCUUCAGAUCACUAUUCACCCUCUGAGCAUACCUCUCGAACGUCUUUCAAACGUGCCAAAUCUUCUCUUUCCGGUUCAGCUAGCGUUAACUGUGGCGGUUCCGCGACGGCGAUCCUCGAUACGAACGACGAGAAUCAGCCGAUUUGGUCCAAGCACUCCACUUUCGGUCGUGUGAUGGAUAACCACCGAUGCAGGGUACUGUUUUCCAUUCUCAAUAAACUCCCUCUGCCCCCUAGCAUGCGUCGAGAAUUACAGCGGGACGCUUGUGCUAUUGUCUGGCGCGAACUUAUCGAUUAA